ACCAACAAAUAAGAAAAAUAAAAAAAACUAAGAAGCAAACACAAUUUCUCCACGGCGAUCUUUGCAUUUGCAGUUAUUAGCGAAUUGUUAUAAAAGCUCUGCGGGCACCGACAAUUUGGUGCUUGAACGCGACUUGGUAGUAGCAAAAAUAUAAGCGUUUGCAUAGUAAAGCGAAAAUAUCAAUAGGAGCGCCAAAAAAAUCUCUAAUCAAAGGCCUCUUCAAAUAGCUCGGCUCGAAUGCGCGUGCGUCUUGCAAUAGCUGGUUCAGUGUUGUGUGUGUAAAGUGUUUGAAAACUUCAUGUUUUCGUCAAGCAAAUACCACAGUAGCAAUUAUAACAACAACAAAGUGCAAUUGUAUUGUGAUUUUACAAAGACUACACGUAGGACUAAGAAAUAUAAAAAUUCGUUCACAUAACGAUAGCUUUUCACAUUUUGUUCGACACCCAGCGAAAGUGUUCUUGGUAAAAUCCAAAACAAAAAUUUAACGAAGUUACAGUUAGACUUUAUUUUAUUGAAAUAAAACACAACAAAUAAUCGCAAUAAAGUGCCUUUGCCUACAAAUUGAAGGAGCGGCAGAUAAGCGUCAUAAUAAUUUCAAUAAACAAGCGCAGACCAAAGACCGAUAAAUUUCAAUCCAACUUCACUACUAAGGAAAUUCCAUCGACUAUUUUUUUACAAUUCGUAAAUAAAUAGUUCCAGCAUCGCAUAACGGAAAGUUUGAAAAAACACCGCAAACCAAAACCAACGAUUUUUUAAGUGAUUCAUUUCACUUCUCAAUUUUCUUUAUUUAAUUUUAUUCGUCUCGAUUCAAGCGAGAGAAAAGCCAACAAAAAACCGAACUCAUAGAAUGGUAGAAGGUGAUUCGAUUAAGAAUAAAAGUGAUUCCUAUAAUGUAGAGGCUGGCAUCCAACCAAACUACAAUAGCAGCAGAAACAACUCGAUCGACAAUCGUUCCAUUCUACAGCCCUAUUCAUUGGGCAGUGGCGGCAAGGAUCCCGAAUACCAAUUUGCAGCAGUCAACAAGGGUUACGAGACGGACAUAAGCAGCGCUGGCGGUGACAAGCAUGACGUAGAAAAGGGUAGCGCGGCCGUCAUUGAGGUCACCAACGGCGUCGCCAUACAUGGCGGUAACGGCGGCGGCAGCAAUGGCGGAGGCUCUGGCGCCGAUGGUCGUCGCUCCACUGGCAUACGGGCCGGUUUCGAGCAGGCCAUCGAACUAUGCGGCUAUGGCAAAUUCCACUAUAUCCUACUGGCCAUUUGCGGUCUGGUGAGCACCAGCGAGGAAAUGGACGUCAUAUCGAUGUCGUUCAUACUACCAUCGGCAGAAUGUGAUUUGGAUUUGAAUACGAGCUCCAAGGGUUGGCUCAAUUCGAUCAUUUUCAUUGGCAUGAUGGUGGGCGCCUACUUCUGGGGCAGUAUCGCCGAUGCGGUGGGACGUAAGAAGGUGCUCAUUGUGAUCUCCUUCAUGAAUGGCUUUUGUAUUGUUGCAUCGUCAUUUUCGCAAACCUACGAAUGGUUUAUGUUGUUUCGCUUUCUCAACGGCGCGGCUCUCGGCGGCAGCGGUCCGGUCAUUUGGUCGUACUUCGCCGAAUUCCAGCCGAAAUCGAAACGUGGCUCCAUGUUGAGUUUCAUGGCUGCCUUCUGGACUUUUGGUAAUCUCUUUGUUGCCGGACUGGCGUGGUUGAUCAUCCCCAGCAGCAUCGGCUUCAAAACAGAUUUAAUUACAUACAAUUCCUGGCGUAUCUUCUUGAUGGUGUGCGCCCUGCCAUCAUUCGUUGUCGCUUUCCUACUCUUUUAUCUGCCGGAAUCGCCGAAAUUCUUACUGACCAAGGGUAAACAAGAAAAGGCGAUGGCCAUCUUCCGUGGCAUCUUCGUGACGAACACCCGCCGACCGGCCGAACAAUAUCCCGUUGCCGAAUUGGACAUCGAUGAGAAAUUGUUGGCUGAAAUUAAGGAAAAUCAGGCUGGCGUCAAGGGCAAGUACAGUAAAAUGAUGUCGAGCAUGGCCGAGCACAGUAAACAGCUGUUCACCUCUCCCAUACUGAAGUUCACACUCGUCUCGAUCAUCAUCAACUUCACCUUCCAUAUUGGCUACUACGGUCUGAUGAUGUGGUUCCCCGAGCUAUUCAAUCGCUUCGAGGAAUACAGUCGCGAUCAUCCCAACGAACAUGCUGGCGUCUGCACAGUUACCAAAUAUGUCGUGUCCCAAGGCGAAACAGAAACGGGCACCUGUUCAGCGCAUAUACCGCAGAGCGUUUUCCAGGAGUCGUUGAUUUCACUGGCUUCGGCGCUGCCAGCCAAUUUGAUUGCUAUUUUGGGCAUGGAUUUGUUGGGUCGCAAAUUUUUCCUUAUCUUCGGCACCAUGACGGCUGGUGUGUGCUCGGCUGCCAUGAACUUCGUCUUCAACUCUACACAGAAUUUGAUCGUGACAGCUAUAUUUAGUGGUGCCAUAUCGGCUGCCAAUGCGGCCUUGGACUGUCUCAUCACCGAGGUGUUCCCGACACAUUUGCGCGCCACCGGUGUGGCUAUAUCGAUGGUGGCGGCGCGUAUGGGUGGCAUCAUUGGUAACAUUGUGAUUGCGACACUUCUGGAUCACUAUUGCCCAGCUCCGACGUAUAUUGUGGCCACCCUGCUGAUAGGUGGCGGUCUCAUGUGUUUGAUGUUGCCCAACACAACUCGUAAAGAAUUGAACUAAUCCAUCAAAUGGGUAUUAGAUAAUAAGAGGAAGAAGGAAGGAAAAACUAAGAGAUGGGAAAAGGAAGAGACAGGGAGUAGACACAAACGAGUUUGGUAAAAAUACUCGGAACUAACGAAUUUCUUGAAUGAAUCUAGUUGAGUUGGGAACAAAUGCAUGUACACAUAGAAAAACAAAAACAAAAGUAAAAAACCAACCAUACAUCUAAGUACUAAUAUAAAAUCGCUUAGGAACUUGUUGUAAAUUUUCUAGCCAUGUAAUAUAUGUAACUACCGAUUAAUAUAAAAGUAAAAAGUAAACAAAUUUACAUAAAUAUGUAUGUAUACACGUAAUUACCAAAAAGUGAAUUAAUAGUUUCAAAGUAAAAGGUUAUAAAAAUGUAAUUUCAUAUUUUAAAUAAAACGUUUUAAUUAAGACGAAAAAGUAGUA